UACGGAUAAGGCCUGGCGCAGCACUAGUCGUAGUCGAUCGCGCAUCGAGCGCGGACGGUAUAUAUAUUAUUAUAUCGUUGGCAGAGCCUGGCGUAAAUGUGAGGCUAUCUAUACUAUUUAUACGUAAAAGAAGAGAAAAAAACGCACACUUUCUCGCGUGUUACGCGACAGUUCCUAGCCCUUGUUUAUAACGUGCUUGUGUGUGACGUGUGUGUAUACGAGAGAGAGACAGACUGCAGUGACCAAAAAAGAAAACGAGUUGGGUGAACGCGGUCUCGUGUGUAUAUCGAGGAGAAGAGGCGCUUCGUUUUAUUUUUUUUGCUUCCUUUUGUCCAAAUAAAAUACAGUUUGAAAGAUGCCUGAAAGUGGAGCAGUUUAUCAACCCACAACUGUAGGAUAUUCUUAUGAUACGAGAGAUGGCGGUCUUGGAAUCAGAAGAAGCUUUUCCAGGAUCAUGGCAAGGCACAAGUUUAGCACAAGGAGUUGGCUGGAAUGGGUGUUGUUCACAGUAGCUCUGGCAGCUUUUACAGCUGGACUCACCAUGAUGCUUGUAAAUGUAUUUCACAGUGGAGAGGAAGUGCCACAGAAGGUUGAUGAUGAAACACCAAAAGAUUCGGAAACAGCAGUAAAAGAACGUCAUGAGAAUGAAGGCAGAGCAUCGAUUGCAGCUGGUGCUUCAAUGAUGGUUCUAGGUAUUGGCUUGGGAAUACUUUGGGGCUACAUGCGUUUCUUUAGGCAUGGUAAAUUACCUAGAGGAGGAAUGACAGGCAACAGUGGUCAGAUGUUGGGCGGGUUAAAUCCAUCAACUGACUUGCUGGUGGGUUCCACUUCGCAGUACGGGCCAGUACUAACUGAGCUGCCAAGCCAAAUGAAAGCGUCAAAGAUCGACGAGGUCUCAACUGCCCUGCCAAUGUCCGAUCAAGAGGAAGAGACCCAUACAUUAAUGGACGACGUUCAGCUGCAACCAGCAGGAGGACCAAGCACCAUUGCGGGUCAAAUACCAGGCUGAGUAAGGGCUGACGCCAAGGUCAAUCUCUUUUUGCCUCUGUUUUCGACAUUGACCGAUAGGCCCUACAGCUGAUAGUCCGAUUGGGGCGCGUCGAGUGGAUUUGUUCGACUCGACGACGAUUAUAUGUACGAUUAUACAUAAUGACGAUACCCAAGGCCACCACCGCAACACAUUAAUACAUUUGCGCUGCAAGUAAAAAUUAUAUUUUAGAGAACGAUAUUUUCAAAAAGAAUUUUCAUAUAAUAAUUUAUUUAUUUUAACACCGAAUGAAUUUCGUCUGGAAUGAUGAAUAUAAUUUCAUCACAGAUAAGAGUGCCAAGUUUGUAAAUUGUGAAAAAAAGAUUGAAUGGGAAAUGCGCAUGCAAUAAGCAAUUUAUUGUUUUAAAAAAUCAAGAACGCCUAUUGUUUGCUUAUGCUCAAAAAUAUAACAUUAUGAAUUUGCAACUAUCCCACCUUACAUUAUAGAUAUUGUCAAAUAUUGCAUUAAGUAAAACAGGGCCGUAGUCAUCUAAGUUGCAGAGAAAUUAUUAUUGUUUAACAAUUUUAACCAAGUGUACAGAAAAUAUGAUCAAAUGAUCAACUAUUUUUAAGAGAGAAAUGUGCAUUUUUUUUUUAAUAAAAUACUUAGAUUUUUUAUUAUUUUGAUAAAUUUAACAAUUACUUUGUGAAAAAUACAAUUUUUUACUUUCAAUUUUUUUGGGAAGGUUAUUGUUUAGCCUGUUGUAUAUAAAAAUGAUUUAUCUAUAUCCUAAUUAGUCAACAAAAACUUUUUUAAUUAUAUUAUUGAUAUAUCUUACACAGAUAUCUUAAAGUAAAAAUUGAUUUAUAUUAUAAUGUAUCAUCUUUGAUACUAUCGUAUAACACGAGAAAAAUUACGUCCUGUACUCGUUAAAUAAAAAAUAUAUAAUCACGAUUAAGUAGAAUAACUUUAUUUUGAUGUAUCUAAAUUUUUUUAUACUUAUUAGCAUGUAAAAAUUUGUCUAUUCAAAUAUAAAUAAACAAUGAAUUUACGUAUUAUAUUUACUAGGGAAUAAACGAAAGAUAUAUUUCUAUAGUUGCAUACCUUGUAAUGUAUAGAUCUCAAGUAUUCUGCAAGUGCGAAAAAAUUUAGAUUUAAGAUUUUUUAAUUUAGUAUACACUUGCAUCUUGCAUAUGCAAUUAAAUUUAGGAGAUUCAAAAUAUAUAUUUUAGAUUUUGAAUAAACAUAAUUAAUAAUCGUAAAUGUUAUAAAUAAAAAAAAUUAUAAAAAUUAAGCUUUUUCUAAUUAUCUUGAGCACUACAAAUUGACAAAGGAACCUUUUAAUGAUCUUAAAAAUUAUGUCAUCAAAAAGUAUUUAAAAGAAUUUAAGAACACCCAAGUUAUAAAACCAUUGACAAAUGCAUAAACUUAGCAAGAUUCACUGGUAAGCGCAAGUUGAUAAACAAUAAUUUUGUACUAAUAUAAAAUGAAUUAGGGUAACGAAGUACAUGGUAAUGAAUAACAUGAUUUGAGCUAUAUCCAGCUGAGACAAUCAAGAUCUUUGGGUGUGCAAGAAAGUCAGUGUAAGCAUUGUUGAUUGCAAGUACUCUUAUGUGAACAGUUUUCCACUAGUUCACUAAUAUUAAACAUUUUCUUAAUUCACAAUUAGUAGGAACUUUUUUCAAAGAUAAUAUCAAUACAUUGAAAAUAAAUAAAUUUUCAAUUGAAUAUUCAAAAGUACAAUAAAGUUAAAGAAAUAUGCAAUACACCAAUUGUUAAACAUUAGAGCACUGCAAGAUUUAUAAAAAAAAUUACUUUUUCUCAACCGUAGGAAAAUAGAAAAUCGUCAUUGCAAGCUUUUAAAAGCCAUAGGUAAUUAAUGCAAUACCAAAAUAAUGCAAAUUAUGGUAAAACUCAUUUUCAAGUACCUAAUGAGUUUUGAAUGAGAAAUAUUUAUUUUAUUUAUGCACGGACUUUAAAUUUGUAAGUGAUAAUAUAAAAAUUAUAUUAAAUGUUUUUAAACAUUCUAAUAUAAGUAAUAUUGCAUCGAUUAUCAAAGUUCAAUCAGCAUAAAAGCAUAACUGAGAAAAUCUUUUUUACAAAUCCAGCUCAUUUCAAAAGCACAAAAAACCCAAAAGAAUAAUUUGAAAUGAAUGAAGAUUUGAAGAAACGAUAAAAUCGACGAUGAGUCUUGAUAAAAAAUUGGAGUAAAUUGAAACAUUUCAAAUAACAACGAAGCUUAAGUAUCUUUUCUUGCUUCAAUUUAUCUAAAUAAUUUCAUUAAUCAUCGAACGUAUGUAUUGAACGAAAUGAUAACACUAUUUCAAUCCGAGUCCGUACUUAUAUACCUCAAUAAUGAUCGUAUGAUUUUUCACUCCGUCCAUUUUUGUAAGCUAUUGCACUGCGAUAGCCAAUAAAAAAGAUUCUACGCACGUCCCGAUGUCUAUAAGGUAUUUAUAUUUUGAUAUUUGGCAGGGAUUUCGUUUUCUACCCGUAUAAGAUUUGAAACGAUUGUGAGAUUUUGCUUACUUUAUGUAAAAGUAAUUAUCAUACGUAAAAUAAAUGACUGAACUCUGACGAAAAA